AUGGCUUCACCCACAGCCACGUGCGUACUGGCCUGGGCCCUGGCACUGCUCUGCGAGGGGACCCAGGGUGCGGACCCUGCCCCCUGCGUCUUCCCCUUCACCUACAAGGGCAAGGUCUACACGGAAUGCACAGCCGAGGACAGUGACCGGCUCUGGUGCGCCACCACUGCCAGCUACGACCAGAACAAGGCCUUCAAGUUCUGCUCCGAGGAGGCCUACGAUGGGAACUCGAGCGGUCAGCCCUGCUUCUUCCCCUUUGUGUACAAGAAAAGCAGCUUCCGUGCCUGCACCAGGUUGCAGAGCCACCUACCCUGGUGCGCCACCACAGCAGACUACGACACGGACCAGCGCUGGAGCUACUGUUCUGACACAAUGCUUGGUGGGAACUCAGAGGAGCCCUGUAUGUUCCCAUUCAGCUACAAAGGCAAAUUGUACACAGCUUGUACCAUGGUUGACAGCAAGCGGCCCUGGUGUGCCACCACGAGGAACUAUGAAGUGGACCAUAAAUGGAGGUACUGCGGCACGGCAGCGGCAGGGGGAAAUUCAGACAGCUCCCCUUGCGUCUUCCCUUUCAUCUAUAAGGGCAAGACCUACCACAACUGUACGGCAGUCGAUGACAAGAUGGGACGGCCCUGGUGUGCUACCACUCCCAAUUACGACAAAGACCAUCUCUGGCGCUUCUGCUUGAGCAAGGCCUAUGGGGGGAACUCAAAUGGCCAGCGCUGCAUAUUUCCUUUUGUCUACAAAACUGAGCUAUAUCACAGCUGCACAAACGCUGGAGACAAGAUGGGAAAUUUCUGGUGUGCCACAACCCAGAACUACAACCAGGAUAAGCUGUGGAGCUACUGUCCAGAUAUCAUCCUGGGUGGGAACGCAGUAGGAAAGAGCUGUGCUUUCCCCUUCAUCUAUAAGAAGAAAGUGUACUACACCUGCACCAGCGACGGGGAGAGCUCAGGAAAAGUGUGGUGCAGCACCACCAGGAAUUACGACACGGACAAGAAGUGGACAUACUGCUCCAAGCCAGACUAUGACAAGCCCUGUGUCUUCCCCUUCAUCUACAAGAAGUUUAAAUUCCUCACCUGCACCAACCUGGCAGAGGCCAAGGGGAAGUUCUGGUGUUCCACCACAGACAACUAUGACCUGGACCAUAAGUGGAGCUACUGCUCUGUCUGAGACAGGUGACAGCUCCAGAGCUGGGAGGAAACAGAACGAUGACAUUCGAUAUUAAAUGAAAGGAAUGAGCCCCGCUCUGGACACCUCUGCUCUCCCAACAGAGAUCGCUUCUGA